AUGACGUGUAAAAACACUGCAAAACAAAAAUAUAGUGACCCUAAGUUCGUUCUAUACGUCGCUGCAAAAGCUCCAAAGGAAGCUGUUAGUUCUACAACAGCUCCUUCGUCUUCUACAACCUCAACUUCUGUUCCCACCAACCUUGAUUUAGAAAUUGUUCAAGAAGUUUUUGGCUCUUUACCAGAAAAAACAAUGGAGUUUGAAGUUUUUGACAUAUCCAAUAUUGCCACCCCUAAUAAUUUCUACCACUUCCCUUCAACUAAAGAUAGGUCAAAACUUUUGGACCCUGACGAAUAUCUCGAAAACGAUGAUAUGGAAGAAGACCUAAAAGAUUUCACAGUUGUUACAAAAGCUACUCCCUUUGCAGUUGCUAGUCAUAUCAAAAGUUUUAGUUCAUCACAUAAAUUGACGCGUUCUGUAAUUGUCUAUUUAGCGACGUCAGACGCAGCUAUCACAGUCUUACAUGUGAUUAUUCCUAAUCUCAAGAUCAACACUUUCUGUGAUUUCUCCCAAUACAAAGCUGAUAUGCAAUUUAACGAAAGAACUAUUCAUGUCAAUGAUAUUCCUUUACAAAUGAAGCCUGCCAAUAUCAAACAAGUUUUCGCUAAAUAUGGAACUGUUACUGACUUUAAAAUGACAGUAAGAGGUAUGUGGCAACAUGUCUACAUUACUUAUGAAAACCCUAAAUGUAUUGAACUAUUUUAUCAAGUGUAG